AUGGGCUUCCUUGAUGCCUUCAAAGCCAAGUCUCCCAAGGCAGAUGUGCCCGGAGACAAAGCUGAGCACAACACUGAGGCCAAAGAAGUGGCAGCCAAUCACGACACCCUUUCACAGUCUGGUCAGACUUCAAAGCCCUCCAGUGAAAAAGAGAGCACCCUAGUCGAUGAGCCUUUGCGAAAUUCAUCUCCCUACGCUGAUACCGAGAAAGACCUUGCGAACCGUGACACGCCAACGCCUGUUCACAGCGCGGAAAUGAAUGGAGACUCCACUCAGGAGUUGGCUCCCGAGGGAAUAUUCGACAAGCCAACACAAGAGAAAAAGGAGGACGGUGAUGCUCAAACGCCACAGGAUGAGGAAGAAUAUCCCAACGCAUGGAAGUUGACACUGAUCAGCAUUGGUCUCUGUCUAUGCGUGUUCUGCGUAGCAUUGGACAACACCAUUAUUGCAACCGCAAUUCCCAAGAUCACUGAUCAAUUCAACUCCCUCGAAGACGUCGGCUGGUACGGAAGUUCAUACCUCCUGACAACAUGCGCCGUGUCCCUGAUGUUCGGCAAACUCUACACAUUCUACUCGAUCAAGUGGAUCUAUCUCAUCGCACUCUUCAUUUUCGAGAUCGGUUCGCUCGUCUGCGCUGUCACUCCCUCCUCCGUCGGACUCAUCUGUGGCCGAGCCAUCGCCGGACUCGGAGCAGCUGGUCUUUUCUCGGGCUCUGUCCUCAUCAUUAGCAAGAGCGUGCCCCUGGCCAAGCGGCCUCUGUACACAGGUAUCAUCGGCGCGAUGUUUGGCAUUGCCAACGUAGCCGGCCCUCUUAUGGGAGGCGCGUUCACCGACCACCUCAGUUGGCGUUGGUGUUUCUACAUUAACUUGCCUUUCGGAGCAGUGACUUUCCUCUUCGUGUUGGCCUUCUUCCAAACCCCUAAAGCCAUCCUGAAAAAGAACACCUUGAAAGAACAGCUCAAGGAGCUGGACCUGAUCGGUUCCUUGUUUUUCCUGCCCGCUAUCAUCAGCUUGUUGCUCGCGCUGCAAUGGGGCGGCACCAGGUAUGCGUGGGGCAGCGGACGCAUUAUCGGCCUAUUUGUGGUCUUCGGCGUUCUCGGUCUCAUGUUCAUUGGCGUCCAGAUCUGGGCCGGGGACCGCGCAACCGUCCCACCGCGUCUGAUCAAGAAUCGUAACGUUUGGGGCUCGGCAUGGUAUGGUCUUGCUCUUGGCGCUGCCUUCUUCGUCUUGACAUUCUAUCUCCCUAUCUGGUUCCAAUCAAUCAAGGGUGCAACCGCCUUGAAAUCCGGCAUCAUGAACCUGCCCGUAAUCAUCGCAGUGGUGGUCGUCUCUAUCGUAUCCGGUGGCCUCGUCACCAUAUUCGGCUACUACACGCCCUUCAUGAUCGCGUCGUCCGUCAUCAUGACCAUCGGCGCAGGACUCCUGACAACCCUAGAGCUAGACUCCGGCCACGCCAAGUGGAUCGGAUACCAGGCCAUCUUUGGUAUCGGUCUGGGUUUGGGCAUGCAGCAGCCUAUGAUCGUCGCUCAGACAGCCCUCAAGCCCGAAGACAUACCUAGUGGCACGGCCAUAGUCAUCUUCGCCCAGACUCUCGGUGGCGCUAUCUUUGUCUCCGUCGCCCAGAACGUAUUCCAGAACCAGCUCGUCCAGAACUUGGCUCAUUAUGCGCCUGACCAAGACUCUGCGAAACUCAUCUCUGCUGGAGCUACUAUGCUUCGCACUCUUGUUAAAGGUGAGGCAUUGCACCGUGUCCUGAUUGCCUGGAAUGCUGCUAUCGUGCAAACAUUCUAUGUCGCUGUCGCCAUGGGCGCAUUGUCGCUCGUCGGACCCGUCUUCAUUGAGUGGUUGUCUGUCAAGGGAAAGAAGGUCGAGGUGGUCCCUGUUUAA